CUUGUCCCAACUUCUACGGGCUUGUCCUGAACGCUAUUACACACUUUCAGGAAAUGGAUCAGAUGAGAGGAAAAAACAUUGUCAUGGUUUCCUCGUCUGAAGAAGAAGAAGGAGUAGAAGAGGAAGAUGACGAUGAUGAUGAAGUAGAAGAGGAAGAUGAAGAUGAUGAAGAAGAAGAAAGCGAUUUCGAUGAAGCAUCCGAAUCCGAAUCCGAAUCCGAUGACAAUGACGUUGAUGAUUCCUCUCUCUCCGAUAAAGUUGUCUCCCUACUUCGAGAAGGAAAGGAUAUUCAAUCUUUGAAACUAAAGGAAUGCAAGGCUUAUCUACGGAAUCAUGGCCUGAGAAUAGCGGGAAAUAGAGAUAUUUGUGUUGCCAGGAUAAGGGAGCAUUGGAGGUUAAAAUACGGAAGUGGAUACACGCUCUACCCAAAAUCAUCCUUUACCAUUAAUUGUACCGGUGAUGUCUGCACGGGAGAUGUUGUACUGUUCAGACAAAAGGUUUAUGAAAAGUUUAGUAAAGUGACUAGGCAUGGAAAAAUUAUAGGAAACAGAACUGUUGCUGGCAGGGUUGUGAAGGAGAGCUAUGGUGCAGCUAAACAACAGCAUACCUUCACUGUGGAGGUGUUGUGGAGUACUGGGGUUUGGAAAUUGCCUCCACUCUCCCCUUUACUCGUAAAGGGACGGAAUCUCUACAAACAGAAAACUUACAGACAGAGAUGGAAAAAUGAAGCUGAUAGAAUCGAAGUACUUCAUGAGAAGCACAGACGCGGUGCAGCAGCGAGAUCUAAGAGAGCGUUGAAGAACAAAAAGAGAAGUUGUUUUGCGAAUGAAUGUAGAGGUUCCAAACGGUCGCAUGAAAUCCACAAUGAAAAACGGUCAAAAUCAGGAAGAUCCUCUGUAGAUAAGGUCAGGCACCAAGAUGGCUUCAGAAGAGAAAAUAGCUUUCAACCUCGAGCGGCCACUUCAUCAACUCCAGUAACACGGAAGGAGAAUGCAUCCUCAAGAGCGUCCAGAUAUACUGGGGGAAGUCAUCAUUCUGAUAAAUUUGACCGUUACCAAGUUCCAGUUUAUCCAUCAUAUGAUAGUUAUACGCAAAGUACAUACCGAUAUCAUGUAAAUUCUCAAAGCAGGAACGUGCCAAGCGAAUUCUUUUAUCACAACAGAGGUCUAAUUCCACCUUCCAGGCCUCCUGUUGGUGAAUUCACAACUAGAUCGCAACACCUGGUAUCCAACCAUAAUCGUCAUACCCAGACAAACCUAUACGACUUCGAAUUGAAGAAUUAUGGAGGGAGAAAGUACGGUAUAUGAUGUGAUCUAUUUUUCAUUUGGAAGACUCGGACUUAAACCAGUUUGAUUUCGCCUUUGAACAGUUUUAGUUCACAUCACAGUGGAUGGAAUUUAAGCCUUUUUUCUGAAACGUUGGGUUUGGGUUAGGAUCUUUAGGAUGUACAGAUACUUCAUCAUAGUUGCUGAACCGAUAUACAAUCAUGUCAAAUAAAUGAUGCUCCUGAUAUGCUUUUGGAUA